GCUUCUGGGACUCGCUGGGACGCGGAACCGAGCCCUCCCUUUCCUUAGGAAGUUAUCGUCCCUACCCCCAGGUCCGCGCGCCCACCCGGGCAGGCCUGCGAGACGAAGGGACACGCCUGAGUUGGGGCCGCAGAACAUCAGCAUAUCCGCUAUAACCCACUACAAGAUGAGUGGGUGCUGGUGUCAGCUCACCGCAUGAAGCGGCCCUGGCAGGGGCAAGUAGAGCCCCCGCUCUUGAAGACAGUUCCCCGCCAUGACCCCCACAACCCUCUGUGUCCCGGGGCCACACGGGCCAAUGGAGAGGUGAAUCCCUACUAUGACGGCACCUUCCUGUUUGACAACGACUUCCCAGCUCUGCAGCCUGAUGCCCCCAGUCCAGGACCCAGUGAUCAUCCCCUUUUCCAAGCAGAGGCUGCUCGAGGAGUUUGUAAGGUCAUGUGCUUCCACCCCUGGUCGGAUGUAACGCUGCCACUCAUGUCAGUCCCUGAGAUCCGCACUGUCGUCGAUGCCUGGGCCUCAGUGACAGAGGAGCUGGGUGCCCAGUACCCUUGGGUGCAGAUCUUUGAAAACAAAGGGGCCAUGAUGGGCUGUUCCAACCCCCACCCCCACUGUCAGGUGUGGGCCAGUAGUUUCCUGCCAGAUAUUGCCCAGCGUGAGGAGCGAUCUCAGAGGGCCUAUCAAAGUCAGCAUGGAGAGCCCCUGCUAAUGGAGUAUGGCCACCAGGAGCUGCUCAGAAGGGAACGUCUGGUCUUAACCAGUGAGCACUGGUUAGUAUUGGUCCCCUUUUGGGCAGUGUGGCCCUUCCAGACACUGCUGCUGCCCCGUAGGCAUGUACGGCGUCUGCCUGAGCUGACCCCUGCUGAGCGUGAUGAUCUAGCCUCCAUCAUGAAGAAGCUCUUAACCAAGUAUGACAACCUAUUUGAGACAUCCUUUCCCUACUCCAUGGGCUGGCACGGUGCUCCCACAGGAUCAGAGGCUGGAGCCAAUUGGGACCAUUGGCAGUUGCAUGCUCAUUACUACCCUCCACUCCUGCGCUCUGCCACCAUCCGGAAAUUCAUGGUUGGCUAUGAAAUGCUUGCCCAGGCACAGAGGGACCUCACCCCUGAGCAGGCUGCAGAGAGACUAAGGAUGCUUCCUGAGGUUCAUUACUGCUUGGGGCAGAAGGACAGGGAGACAGCAACCAUCGCCUGACCACGCUGACCACAGGGCCUUCUGCUUGAGGGAUCCAGGGCCUAGGGUUUGGGAAGAUGUGGGAUCAAUAAAACUAAACUGUGUUUCUCAAACUUUAA